AGCGCUCCCCCGCUGUAGCACACCGCGGUCAAGCCAAUGUAUGCUGCCACGUCGUACUGUUUGGGACGCGCCCAUCCGCUGUGCCAUCAACUCUCUGUGCCACCAUCCCGCUGCUCUCCGGCUUUCACAGUCGCGUCUUCGGAUGCAGUUCGCUGCAAGCCCGGCGGCUGGGCCACAGGAACGCUUUGCCGCAGAAAAGAGCGUGCAUGCGCCUCCUGGUUCUGGCAUCUGGCGAAAGCGCCCAGCUACGUGCCCUCAAAUCGGGCGCCUGCCUCUGUAUUUUCCCAUGCGAUGCCAUAGUGACCUCUCUUCUCCACAGGACACACCACCAUUCCCCUGCUCUCUCCUUCCAGCGCACAGGGUGACAGGGCACAGGGCACAGGCUACACAUCGAUUUCGAUCCAUCGCAUUGCCCCCAGCUCGAUCUCUCUGCGUGUUUGCUUCCUGCCGCUGGUGUGGUGUCCAGGCAUGCGCGCCUCUGGUCCCUGGCGGUUGGCCGUCCUCGCCCUGGCCGUGACGACGGCGGCCGUCGUCGAUGCCUACCGCGACGGCGGCGACCACAACUUCCACAGGGACUUCGACGUCGUGUGGGGGGAGGGCAAUGCGCGGUUCCGCGACGGCGGCCGGCUCGUGGAGCUGUCGCUGGACGAGCGGACGGGCGCGCGGCUGCAGUCCAAGGACCGCUACCUCUUCGGGAGGUUCGAUCUCGAGAUCAAGCUCGUCCCCGGCGAGUCCGCAGGGACCAUCACCUCCUUCUAUAUCUGCACGGGAGGCGCGCGGCACGACGAGGUGGACUUCGAGUUCCUCGGCAACGUGAGCGGCGAGCCGUACAUCCUGCACACCAACAUCUUCAGCGACGGCAAGGGCGAGCGGGAGCAGCAGUUCGUGCUCUGGUUCGACCCCACGGAGGGCUUCCACACCUACUCCAUCCUCUGGAACCCGCUCAACAUCAUCCUGUACAUCGACGGGACGCCGAUCCGGGUGUUCAAGAACAACGCGGCGUACGGCGUGCCGUUCCCGACGCGGCAGCCGGUGCACGUGUUCGCCAGCAUCUGGGACGCCGAGGACUGGGCGACGCAGGGCGGCCGCGUCAAGACGGAUUGGUCGCGGGCGCCGUUCGUCGCCACGUACCGCCGAUACAACGUCACCACCAACGCCUGCGUCUGGGACGACGGAGGCGCGCGCGGGGGGCCGUCGUCGCGGUGCGGCCGGGGCACGAGCAAGAGCAGCCUCCGCCGGGCGCCGUCGUGGAUGGGGCAGAGGAUGGACUGGUGGAGCUGGAUGACGCUCAGCUGGGUGCGCAUGAACUACAUGGUCUACGACUACUGCGCCGACCGCAAGCGCUUCCCGCACGGCUUCCCGGCCGAGUGCAUCAUCCCCAUCGGCAGAUCGUGAGGUCCAAUCGAUCCUGACGGCCGUGUAAUAAUCGUACUUGAUUUUUGUUUCUAGAUGGGGUUGUGUAGGGAUAAGGUGCGAGCUGGACACGGUGCAGGUAUUGCAUGGGCUCGUCGCAAGAACUUUAAAACGGAGAUUCGGUACACGAACUGUAAAUAAUGGUUUGAUUUGAGAACGAGGCAAUGCAUAUUAGA